CUCACUGUAAGCCGGGCAGGCAAACAAGCUGACAUGGCUCUUAUUUAUCCCAAGUAAAGCCACGGGUGAAGAACUUACAGGAUGUUGCCAGUAAAAUCUAGAGGCUAGUUAAAAAUAACUUAUUUCUCUUUUGGGGAACAGAACACCAGCUGUCCUGCAGCAUGGCUCAGUCAGAGGACAGCGUAAGUGCAUGGAGCUGCACUCAAGUGGCCCAGUGGCUUCAGCAAGAAGGCUUUGGGGAGUAUGUGGAGUUGUUGUGCACACAGCACCGCCUUGAUGGGCUCAGCCUGCUGGCUCUUACUGAGGCUGACCUGCGGGGUCCCCCGCUGAGCCUCACUGUGCUGGGAGACAUCAAAAGGCUGACCAUAGCCCUCCACCGGCUCCAACGACAAAACCAGGCCCAGCUGGAGGAACUCGGUCUUCGGACUGCAGACUCUCAUCCUGUUGGCUUUUCGCUGGGUGUUGCAGGAGUCAACUGGAGCUGUGAUGGAGCAGAAAAGAGGGGGUAUAACGGGAAUAAUUACUUGUGCAAUGGGACUGAGGUGCGACUGAGGAACAGAGAUAGAUGUGGAUAUGUGUCUGGAGCAACAUUAUGCCACGCACACUCCAACGGGGGAAGUCGUCAGCAGCUGGCUGGUCGAUUGGACCCGGAGGUGUGGAAGACCAUCCUCAGUUGCCUAUAUGUAUUUUCUGUUUUUGGAUUCACCUCUUUUGUCAUGGUCAUUGUACAUGAGCGCGUCCCAGAUAUGAGGACAUACCCACCACUUCCUGAUAUAUUCCUGGACAGUGUACCCAGAAUCCCUUGGGCUUUUGCAAUGGCUGAGGCUUGUGGCAUCAUCUUGUGUUACAUGUUUUUGUUGAUCCUGCUCCUUCACAAACACAGAUCAAUCCUAUUCAGAAGGCUGUGCUCUUUGAUGGGAACAGUGUUUUUGAUUCGUUGCUGCACCAUGUUUGUCACCUCGCUCUCAGUUCCUGGACAACACCUUAAGUGUGUCAGUAAGACAUAUGAUGAUUCCUGGGGAAAGAUCCAGAGAGCACUGGCAAUCUGGAGUGGUUUUGGGAUGACUCUGACGGGCGUCCAAACCUGUGGAGACUACAUGUUCAGUGGGCACACUGUUGUCUUGACGAUGCUCAACUUCUUUGUGACUGAAUACACCCCACGGAACUGGAAUCUAAUCCAUACCAUCUCCUGGGUGUUAAACCUGUUUGGGAUUUUCUUCAUCCUGGCAGCUCACGAGCACUACUCGAUCGAUGUGUUCAUCGCUUUCUACAUCACGACCCGUCUCUUCCUGUACUACCACACCUUAGCCAACACCCGUGCCUAUCAGCACAGUCGCAGGGCACGCAUUUGGUUCCCCAUGUUCUCCUUCUUUGAGUGCAAUGUGAACGGACCCGUCCCCAACCAGUAUCAUUGGCCCUUCAACAAGCCUGCCUAUAUGAAAACUGUGUUUGGAUAAAGAGCUCUUGAAGAUAAAUGGACCUCAUUUGUGCCUGGGGGGGCGGGGGGGUUAAAUUAUUGAAUGCAAGUUGUUCAUCUCAUUUGUAAAUGCAAAUAAUCAGUAUUUGUUUAUUCUCAGGUUUAACAGAAUCGUUUCACAAUUUGAGAAACGUAGUCUAUGCAACGUUAGAUGACACUUUCCUAUCAGAACGCUGAAUUUGAAGCUGCUUCCACCUCUUGAAGUUUCAUUCAUCUGUACAGAAAAUGAAUGGUGGUGAGAAGAAAAACAACACCAACAAUACAGGAAAGUUUCAUUCAUUUUAUGAUGGUUUUAUUUUAUAUUUGUUGCCAAACAGCUGCUAGUUGUAACUUCAUAUUUAACAUCUGUUAAACAGGACCUAAGAAUUCAGUUGCACUGAUUUGUUUUGUUUUUGUUUUGCUUUUAAAUAAGCAUUUAUGUAAUUCUGAGCUCUCAUCUGGUGGAUGUUUACAGUUGAAUAUUAGCUUGGAUUAUUUGUGACUUUAUACAGCUUCAAAUGAAGUUUAUACUUGUUUUUUUGUUUUUUGGGAAGUCACAGUGGUGACAUGUUGUGAAGCUGCAGAUAGCAUCAAUUUAAUGAUUUCUACCAAAUGAGCAACUCAUUCCACUUGCACUAAAGGGAAUUUUAGAGCUACGUUCUAUUUAAUUGUGUCACUUUAGGAGGGUAAAUAUUUUUAUGCACUCAUUCAUUUUCAACCAA